AUGGAAGUAAAAGAUGUGGAAGAAUCGGCACAAGAAACAUCUGCGAAAUUCAUAAUUCUUUGCUCAAUUCCAUUCUCCACUCCGAUACGCAAGACACCAAGAUUUCGUUCUGUAACUGAAACCCACAUUCCCUGCAGUCGUUUGAAGAUGGAAAGGUUUUGGAAAUACAAUCGGUUUAAGCUGCGGUUAGCAAUCCUUUUUGUUGUUGCAUUAGUAAUCGAUCACAGUUCUAGCCUCUGUUGGUCUCUCAACACCGAAGGAUUGGCGUUGUUGAAGUUUCGAGAUGGAAUUGAGAGGGACCCUUUAGGGGUUUUGUCUGGUUGGAAUAACGACGAUGAAGCGGCGGAUUCGGGUCCUUGUUCUUGGUUCGGCGUUGAGUGUUCCGAUGGAAAAGUGGUCAUAUUGAAUUUAAGAGAUCUAUGCCUUGAAGGAACGCUAGCACCAGAGGUCGGGAAGUUAACAAAUGUAAAGUCCAUUAUUUUACGCAAUAAUUCUUUCCAUGGAACAAUUCCUCAAGAAAUUGGAGAUUUGAAGGAACUGGAAGUGCUGGAUUUGGGAUACAAUAACUUCACUGGGCCAUUCACAUCUGAUCUUGUCAAUAACCUUUCCCUAUCAAUUCUUUUAUUAGACAACAACAAAUUUCUCGAUAACCUUUCACCAGAAGUAAACAACCUCAAAACACUUUCCGAGUUUCAAGUAGAUGAAAACCAGCUCACAACCUCUCAUAAUAACGACUUCAUCUGUAACAAAAGAUCCAGUUCUUGGAAUGUAAUCGAAUCCGGAUAUGUUACAGAAAGAAAGCUAUUACAGUUUUCACCAUCAGGUGCUCCCGUUUCAUCUAUAUCAUUGCCUCCAUCUGCCACAUCACCUUCCACGUCACCAGCUUCAUCCCCAUCACCUUCCACGUCACCAGUCUCAUCCCCAUCACCUCUUUUCCCAAUUCCAGCAGAAACGCCAUCUUUAUUACCAGAAAACAAACCUGCUUUAGCUCCUUCACCUCGAAGCUUUAUAUCUUAUAAAUCAAAACAUAACACAGUUCUUAUAUGUAGAGUGGUUACUGUUAACCCAUGGGCUACAGGGUUAAGUGGACAGCUGCAAAAAGCAUUCACAACAGGUGUUCCUAGUUUACAGCGCCCUGAACUUGUGACAGCUUGUGAAGAUUUUAGUAAUAUAAUCGGGAGUAUGUUAGAUGGAACUGUUUAUAAAGGGACUCUUUCAAGUGGGGUUGAAAUAGCUGUGACAUCAACUGUUAUAACGUCUGUUAAAGAUUGGACUAAGAGUCUAGAAACACAGUUUAGAAACAAGAUAGAGAUGUUGUCGAAGGUGAAUCACAAGAACUUUGUGAAUUUGAUUGGGUAUUGUGAAGAACAAAAACCUUUCACUAGAAUGAUGGUUUUUGAGUAUGCUCCAAAUGGGACCCUCUUUGAGCACUUGCAUAUUAAAGAAUCGGAACACCUUGACUGGUCAAUGCGGUUGCGUAUAGCUAUGGGAAUGGCAUACUGCCUUGAAUACCUCCACCAGCUCAACCCACCCAUCGCCCACAACAACCUCCAAUCAUCUUCCGUAUAUCUAACCGAAGACUAUGCUGCCAAAAUCUCAGAUUUCAGCUUUUGGGAUUCCCAAAAAACGGGACCCACAAAACCCCACACCCCACCUUCAUCUUCAUCUUUAUCUUCAUCUCCACAAACAAAUGUCUAUAGCUUUGGUUUGAUCCUAUAUGAACUAAUCACUGUGGAUCCGACUUUGACUUGGGUCAAACAAGAUUCGGUUGAUGAAUUAUUUCAAGUGGUGAAAAGUUGUGUUCUUUUAGAACCGAAUGAAAGACCGAGUAUGAAAGAGGUGACAUCUAGGUUAAAGGAGAUUACAGACAUGACACCUGAAAGCACGAUACCAAGAUCAUCUCCACUUUGGUGGGCUGAACUUGAAAUCUUAUCAUCGACAGAAUCUAUUUAG